AAUAACGAUAGUCGCGAAGUGGGGUAACUAUUAACAUCGCAAUUCCACUCCCUUGCAACCUCGUAUACCGCGAUUUAAGCAGGGAGCAACGUAGUGCUUUCUCAUUCGUAAAGGAAUAAAUAGCUGAUCACGAUCCAGAAGUCGUAUGCUGCUCCAUUCAGUCGUAUUCGACAACUCACAACGGUUUAAUGGGCUUUCUGGAAUAACUUUGAGAUUUAAACGGUUGCUUACAUAAUCCUAUAAAAAUGUUGGACGAUCUGUUGGGAUGGCUUCAUCCUCCUUACAAUAAUAUCGAUCCGAGAACCAACGAGUGGUUUUUAUUGUCGGGAGCAGGUCCGAUCACUAUUAUACUAGUGGCGUACAUUUACAUUUGUACUUCGGCAGGUGAAAGAUUUAUGAAAGACAAGCAGCCCUAUGAUUUACGCAAGAUUCUCAUAGUGUACAACUUUAUUCAAAUUCUAAUCAGCAGCUACACGUUCAAAGAAGCUUUAAUGGGAGGCUGGCUGUACGAUUUCAGCUACACGUGUCAGCCAAGUGAUUAUUCGGAAAGUGAAUCAGCAAUGCGAAUGGCCAGAGCUUGUCAUUUAUACUUCCUCGCCAAGCUGUUUGAACUUCUGGACACCUUAUUCUUUGUACUUCGGAAAAAGCAGCGUCAAAUAACUUUCCUCCACCUCUAUCAUCACACCGUAAUGCUACUAUCAACUUGGGUUGGAGUUCGUUAUUUCAGUGGAACGUUACAUUUGACAUUUUUGGGGUUGGCAAACAGCUUUGUUCAUAUAAUUAUGUACGGCUAUUACAUGCUGACGGCCUUCGGGCCGGAAAUGCAAAAAUCCCUAAUGGCCUGGAAAAAGUAUCUAACAAUAAUGCAAAUAGUACAAUUCGGCGCUGUUGGUACACACGCUGCACAGAUAUUUUUCGUUGAAUGUGGCGUAUCAAAACUACUGGCUACACUUGUUUGCCUGAAUAGUAUUAUAUUCAUCUACCUCUUCUCGUCUUUUUAUAUUCAGAAUUAUUGUAAGAGUGACACCAACCAUGUAAGAAACACAAGUUCAUCGAAAAUUGGUUACACUAGUAAAAAAUCUGAAUAAAAAAUAUUCUUUAACAAUAUGAUAAUGGCAAGUGAUUUAGAAAUAUAAAUAUGAAGGACAAAAAACGAAUCUAUUCAGAACGGCAUUGAUUCUACAGAAACCAGUUCUAGAACUAAUUUUGUAAAUGAAAUUGUAUCGUAUGUGUAUGUGUAAUAUGUUAUUUAUAAUAUAUUGUUUAUGAUAGGUUUAAUUAUGUAUACAAUCAGUCCUAAAAUUAUUUUUGUACAAUCCAUUGUAUUGUCGUCCAUUUUACUUUUUACGGUUGAAAUAUUCGAGACAAUUAUUCUGGAGAAUUUAGGAACCUGAAUAUUCUUGCCGAAAUUUGGUUCUAUGGAACAGGUCUGUAGAAUCGGUCCUUACGUUCAUCGAUAUAAUGUAUAAAUGGAUUCUGGAGAAUCAGUCUAACGUCAGGUAAUAUUCUUUAGAAAUACAAUUUGUAAAAUGGCAAUUACGGCGGAAUCGAACUUUUAGAAUUAAAUCCCUCUCAUUCUACUCCUGAAAAAACCUACGAGGCUGAAGUUAGCCGCAGGGUUCAGCUGCCAGUUAUCGAAAUCCAGGGACGAAUGGGGGCCUGAAGCCCCCUAUCCGAGUCUUCCGAUCUUACGUCCUGGCAUGCAUUGAAUAGUGUGAAUACUCAAGUAAACAUGUGACUUUGUGAAAAUAUAGUCAUGAGCUCCCGAUAAACAAUGCAAUUCGUCAGUAUUGGAGUGUUUCAUCGGUCUCGGAGAGGGUAUCAUUUGCUUUCGCGGGUGAAACUCCGCAUUUUGACAUGGAACUCCUACCACUAUUUCAGGGGUAGAACAAGGAAUAUUUGCGAAUUUUUUCAGAAUUUUCACACUCUUCCGAGUCAUCAACAACAACGCUGAACUUGAAAAAUUCGACUUCUUGUUACGUCCGGCGUAUCGCCACGCGUCUCUAUGACUGUAUUUUACAUAUUUUUACAAAGUUCUAUGUUUACUCGAGUAUUCGCACUAUUCAAUGUAUGCCAGAACGUAAGAAUCGGAAGUUUCAGGUAGGGGACCUCAGGCCCCCAUUCGUCCUUGGAUUUUGAGAACCGGGCGGCGUCUGAAACCUGCGGCUAACCUUGGCGUUGUAAGACACCUAGGCAUACCAAAUAUUUUCAGGGCUGAAAUAAUUGUCAAAGAAGUAAACCAAUAAAAGAAUAGAAGUAGCAUAAAGUAGACUGUCCUUAUUCUUGUCAAACUCCGUCUCCUUUGGAGUACAUUGUAUUUUCAAGAUUGGAUUUGAGUGUUAUUAAAAAAAAUCGUUCAAGUAAGUGAAAUGUUACUUACAUUAUUCCACAUACCUAAUCAAUACACAUGUGUUCAUUACAUAGGUAAAAGAAUUGAAGGAGUUCGACUACUGUAUCCGAAGUAAUGAAAAAUCCCAUGUGUUCUUGUACCACGGGUCCAGCUAUCCGCCAUGUCUGGCUCAAAUCUCGUCGAGCAUUGAAACAGACAAUAUACCUAAACUUGGACCACGGUUGAAAUGACAACACCAGGCCGAUAAUGAACAGAGUGUUCUGUCAGCGCAGGGCUCAGUCUUGUAUAAUUGUACAUCCAUUCUUGAUUCAAUACUUUAAAAUCACUGGAACCAAUGCUUGGGAAACGUAUGGGUUCAAUGUUCAAUUUCCACCAAUACCAUAUGUUUACCAAUGAGAGGACCGCGAAAGGUGAAAUGAACGAGACAACUGUUUGUCAAACGCUUCGUUAUUGGUUAAAAUAAUACGGGAUGUAUAGACCACAUGUUUUCGUGGAUUAUGACAUCUUCGAUGCCUACUGCUCUUAAAUAUGUUACUAGGCAAAUGGAUUGAUACGUCAUGUAUUGUUACAUUUUAUACAAGGUUGUAAAUAUUGUUUUGUAUUUCGUUUGAAGUUGUUCUUUUAUUUUUACUCAAACCUCCAUACCAUAAUUCUUUAUAAUCUUCUUUCCCGCUUUCGGAAAACUCUGUUAUUUUUAUUUUCCAACGGUUUACUUAUUUUCUAUCUUAUUAAGAUAUGAAAAUUCUAAGCAAUCUUACUUGCACUUGUGCAUUGGAGAGAAUUUUUAUCUCAGGUAUAAAAAAAAAUAUAUGCAAAGUAAACAAAAUGCCCGAAAAUAUCUGUUACAUAUAUUUUCGAGGAUGCAGAACCUGGCACGAUAGCUGUUCUGGCUAUGAUCCCGCUAUGAUAAAAUAGGCUAUUUGGCAUAUACAGCAGAUAAAGGAAGAAUUUUUAUCGGCACCGUACCGACCCACCAUCCCUACGCCUAGGCUGCAGUAUUGUGAAGGGUGAUUAAGAAGGCCCAAAAUAUUUUUUACAUACAUGCAAUCACCUCGUUGGUCCAACUUCCUUGAAAUUGGGAAGAACCAAUCAGAGAGUUCGAUAGAUUCUUCAAAUAAGAGGAACGUUGCUCAGUAGAAUCGAAUCACUUGUAAGCGAUCCUUUUGCCAGAGCACUUCUAAAAAGCCUUCUUUUGCAACACUACUUCAUCUCAAUGAGACACUUUAGAUACUUGUUUAAAAUCUUCUUAUAAUAGACGUUCUAAAUCUCGACCU